UGUUCACAGCGUCCGCCAUUUUGCAGUAAUUUGGUAAUCCCGCUGUUCCAAUUCGUUGUGCUGCGCCAGUAAACACGGUUCUUCUUAGGAUUAUUCUUUUUCUUUUUGCAAACUGAAGAGAUAUUUCCACGUACCUUGCGAUGGCUGACCCAUCAGCAGAUGUGGAGGUACCGGAGGGCGCGGAGGUGCGCAAACUGUCGGAACUGCGAGUCAUUGACCUGAAGGCCGAGCUGAAGAAACGAAACCUGGAUACGACGGGCGUCAAGAGCGUGCUGUCGGAGCGUCUGAAAAAGGCAAUCGAGGAGGAGGGUGGAAAUCCCGACGAGAUCAUUGUCGCUCCGGAGGCGACCCCGAAAAAGGCUAACGCUACCCCUAAACGGGCUGCCAGAGAUGCCAAGCAAGAGAAUGAGAACGAUGAACCAGAGGACAGUAUUAUGGAGGAGGAUUCUCGUGAUGGACAUGAUGAUCAGCAGGAGGAUCUUCAGGAUGAUCAUGAGAACAUGCAGGACAUGGACAUCCUUGAUAUGAGUAUUCUGGAUGAGACAGAGAAUGACAACGGCAUACCAGCUGAAGAUGACGAGUAUGAAAGUGAGAAUUUUUACAGAGAGGAAGACACAGGGAUGAAUGAUGAAAAUGACUACGGGGCUCUUGACUCAGAAGAUGACACAAGAGGUCCAGAGAUGGAUGAAUUUGAAUUGUUGGAGAAGGAUGAAGAUAUGACAUAUUCGUCAGCCAGUAUGGCUCAAGAUCCAGAAGCUGAGGACUUGAAAGAAGAAACAGAAAAUGACAAAGUAGCCGGGUCAUGUUUAUCUGAGCCGCUUAACGAAGAUCACCACCAGAGCCACGAGACGAGCCCUGAAGAAGAUCAAGCAGCCACCGCCGGAGGGGAAGACAGUGUGUCCGACAGUGGUGCCAAGUCCGACGUGGCUGCCACUGGAGAUAUGGAUGGCAGCGGGGAUGUUUUGGGGACUGAUGCCAAGGUGGUUGGGGAUGAACAGAACACCCCAGAAGAGACACUUGACGCUGAAAACAAAAUGUCGCAGGCUGUUAGUGUAAGCAAACAGGGCGGCGAGGGUGAAUCUGUUGAUUCAGAAACGGGGGCUAAGAAGGUUGAGGAGGAUGAGAAGACAGAAGAGAAAGCUGCUGCGGACUCAACCUCGACACAGAAAGAGUCCUCUUCUGUAGAGGGCGAUGAUCAGAAAAAGAGCUCUGAGGAGAAGGAUGGCAAGGUCGAGUCCAAAGAUGAAAAGGCUGCUGGAAGUGGGGCCGCAGCAAACGGUAGCAGAAAUCUGUGGGUCAGCGGUCUCUCUUCCACUACCAGAGCGACUGAUCUGAAGACCCUUUUCAGCAAGUACGGCAAGGUUGUUGGAGCUAAGGUGGUGACUAAUGCCAAGAGUCCUGGAGCGCGCUGCUAUGGAUUUGUCACCAUGUCAUCCACAGAGGAAGCAACCAAGUGUAUCAGCCACCUUCACAGGACUGAGCUGCAUGGCAAGAUGAUCUCUGUGGAACGGGCUAAAAAUGAGCCUGCAGGGAAGAAGCCAGCUGACAAGAAUGACACCAAGAGGUCUAGCAGUGACAGGAGACACUCCACCGACUCCAAGUCUGAUGGAAAGGAUGAGAAGUCUGAGGGAGAAGGAAAAGAUGGCAAAGGGCGAAAUGAGAGGACUGUAGUUAUGGACAAGUCCAAGGGAGAGCCUGUUAUCAGCGUCAAAACCAAAAGCAAAAGCAAGGAGCGGAGCACAAAGAGUCGGGACCGAACUUCUUCCAGUAAGGAGAGGAAAGACAUCCUGUCGUUUGACCAGAUUAAAGAGCAGCGAGAGAGGGAGAGGCAGAGGCAGCGGGAGAGGGAGAUCAGAGAGGUCGAGAGACGCAGAUUCACUGACCGCAAUCGUGAUUUCCGACCUGACCGUGAGCGCGAGCGAAUCCGUCUGUUCCGGGAGAGGGAGGAGCGGAACCACUUGAUGCGGAAGAGACACUGGCUCGAGGCUGAAAAGCAGCGUCUUGAUGCAGACCGCAUGGAGCGUCAGUUCCUGGAGCGCGAAAGGUUACGCAUUGAGUACGAAAGGCGACGGGAACAGGAAAGGAUCCUCAGGGAGCGCGAGGAGCUGAGACGGCAGCAGGAGCAGUUGCGCUAUGAACAGGAGCGGCGCCCUGUUAAGAGGCCUUAUGACAUGGAUGGCAGGAAAGAUGACUGGCCUGAUAAGCGUAUGGCCAUGGAUGACCGUUAUGGCCGUUCAGAGUUCGGUCGCUAUCAGGACUUCGAUCACAGAGAACGGGGCCGUUACCAAGACGACAUGAUGAUGGACAGGCGGGACAACACUCGUGGUAUGGGUGCCGACAGAGAUGGUCAGCACUUCUCAGACAGACAUGGCAGAGAUGGCCGAGACUCCUGGGGUGGAGGGUAUGACAAGCGUAUGAACCCCAGAGAGGGCGGUCGUGACUGGGAUUCUGGUCGUAAGAUGGAUGGAGACAGGCCGUGGCAAAGUCGAGAUGGUGCUAUCCCAGGCCAGAGCCACAUGGCACGUGGAGGAAUGGCUGGAGGCCGUGGCGGCUACAUGAACACGGGUACAUCUCAGUCUCUCUCGGGAGCUCUUAACAGACAGAACCAGCUGAUGCAGGGUGGCGGGCUGCAGGGUGGCGCUUUUGGUCGUCGUUACUGAUUUCUGUCUGCAGAAAAUUGUGUAACGAUGUGACUGUUUUGUUUUUUUGUAAAUUUUUUUGUUUGUUUUUUUAAUCAGGAUUAUUUGUUUUCCCAUCCAUUUUUUGAUGGAAGUGUGUUUAUCCUUUGUGAUACAGUGACCGUGUAUUUAUCAUGCAGCUCUACCUUGUUUGUACAUCACAGCUGUCAUGCAUUUGUGAGUUGGCCUGAGUGUGGUUGUGUAUGCGUGUAAUAAAUUCAGAUGUUUAUUUUACCCUUUUCUGACAUGUGAUAUGUAAUAUUGCUGGCUUCAAUAAUACAUCGAUGGUUUUUUUUGGACUAACCAAGAAAGAUUUCCUCGCAAUUUUUCUUUUUUAAGGAAAGGUGAUCCGGGUGCUAAUAUGUUGAUCACAUGUCUGAAAGAGGCUUUAGACGUCUGAAUUGAUGGACCUAACCUCACAAACCUCCUUUCUGUAUCCAAGUCUGUUAAGCUUUUUUUUUUUUUUUUUUUUUUUUCUUUGAUGAACCUUUUGAGUUUCUUUCUCUUGUUGGUGUCAUUAUUUUUUUAAGAUGUUUGAUGAAAGUUUGCUGCGGAUAAAAAAAACGUUUUAAAAUUUGAUUCUCUAUUGUUUGUAACUUUUUUUUUUUCGUCCAAUUUUCAUUUGAGAUUUGUGAUAAACUCUAGAAUUAAAUGUAUGAUCGUGA